AUGUCCACCAGCCUCUCGGCCUACGAACAGGAGCGCCUCAAGAACAUCGCGGCCAACAAGGCUGCGCUCGUCGCCCUCGGCAUUGAACAGGACGUCGCCUCGAUUCGCACACUCAAGACGCAGGCCCGCACUGUCAAGGGCUCGGCGAUCAACAAGAAGAAGAAGGCGAGCAGUGUGCCGCCGCGGACCAAGUCGCUGCGUCAGCAGAACCUCGACACGGAAGGCAAGGCGAUGCCCGACAAGCCGGUCGUCGCCACGCCCGACCCCGUCGUCCGCCAGCCACGCAAGCCAAGCGUGCCGCUCGACGCGGCAAAGGUCUCGACCGGCGCGACGUCGGCGGAGGAGGCGGCCACAUUCUUGGCGCGGCUUGGCGAGGGGAGCAUCCGCGAGGCACCAGCGCCCGCGUCGCGCAAGACCAAGAUGGACCUGAGCUCGCUGGCGGUGGCGGAGGACGACAUUGCGAAGCUUGUUCCCGAGCGGAUCUUCUCGCUCGCGGUGCACCCGUCGCCGACCAAGCUGCUCGUCGCUGCGGGCGACACGUGGGGCAGGGUCGGGCUGUGGGACGUCCUCGCCGGCGACGAGACGCCGGUCGUCACCUUCGAGCCGCACUCGCGCCCCGUCGCGGGGAUGCGCUUCGCGGCGCACCUGCCGCACCUGCUGCUCUCCUGCUCGCACGACGGCGCGGUCCGCGCGCUCGACCUCGGCGGCGGCGGCAGCUCCGCUUUUGUCGAGCUGUACCGCGCACCCGAGGACCCGGACGGCGACUAUGCGAUGCUGCACGCCCUCUCGCGCACCGCGGGCGAGGGCGGGGCGCUCGCCGUCUGCCGCACCGACGGCCUCAAGAAGGUCUUCUCGGCCGACUUUAGCGCGGCCAAGCCGCACCUCCUCGCCACGGCCUCGCUCGACCGCACCGUCUGCCUGUGGGACGUGCGCGCGUUCGGCGGCGCCGGCGGCAAAAAGGCGAAGCCGCUCGCGACGCUCGAGCACGGCCUCUCCGUCACGGCCGCACGCUUCUCGCACUCCGGCGACCGGCUGCUCACCACGUGCAACGACGACCUGCUGCGCGUAUUCGCGGGCGGCAAGGCGGACAAGGACUGGGCGCUGCAGACGGCCAUCAAGCACAACAACAAGACGGGCCGCUACAUCACAAGCUUCCAGGCCGAGUGGCUGCGCGGCUCCGACGAGACGGUCGUCUGCGGCUCGCUGCUGCACCCGCGCGGCAUCGACGUCUUCGACGCGAGCGACGGCAGCGCGGCCGAGCGGCUCGAGCACGACAACGUCACGUCGGUCGUCUCGCUGAUCGCGCAGCACCCGACGCAGCCCGUGCUGGUCGCGAGCAACUCGGGCGGAAAGUGCUUUUGCUGGCGGCCGGAGGAGUGA